AUGGCUUCCGGGAUUGGCGGGAUAAAGGGUCACGACCACGAGGCGCUGAGCCUAGAGCAGCUUAUACAGCUGCGGAAUUUCAAGAUCCGCACGCGCAUCGCGGACGAGCAGUACCUGCGCUCACACAAGGAGGUGGAGCUGUUGCUGAGCGGCUUUUUUAGAGAAAUGUUUUUGAAAAGGCCAGUGGAUAUCCAAGAGUUUGCUGCCGAGUAUUUCACGGACCCAACACUUCCUGAGAAGAUAGAGGCAGAGCUAAUUGAAAAACAAAAGCAAUAGCAAUUAGCUGAACCAUGAUGUUCUAAAGCACAGGGUCCUAUGAAGAUAAGAAAUUUGCUCCAUCAUCAUGAGUUUGUAAGUUACCCUAGACUUUGCCCCUUGUGUUAUAAAGCUCUGCAUUAAAAACA